UUUCAAUGCAAAUUGGAACAGUGGCAAGGUUUGCAGAUGCAAUCGUAUGUUUUUCGACUAAGUGUUCUAGGAUAAUUGAUUAGUUGACGAUCAUUCACAACCUUGUUUCGACGUUUGAGAAUGUAUCAGAUAAAAUCUGGGCCCUGUUGCAGCACCCACGGAAUUCGCCCCUUCGCGUUGGUGCCACCUCAUCGCAAUUGUGUUUAGUAACCAUACAGGAACGUAACGACUAGGAUAGUUAACGUGAAUCAGCACGAAAUAUUGCGGAAAUAUUACUGCGACAUAAUUUUGCAUGGAUUCCGAUAUCCCAGUUUCAUUAUGAAAUGCUUUUGUAAUAUUGCAGAAAUAUUACAGAAGAGUUUUGAUUUCCAUUCCUUUACGCUUCUUUUGUAAAUUGUGAGCAGGUAUUGUUUAAAUACUAUCACUCGAGUUCGAGACAAUCCUAGAGCUGCGAAGUUACAAUUAUCCCUGAAAACGCAUCGUUGUAUUAAUGUCACCAAAAUAAACAUCAUAUUGUCAAGAUAAUGAGACGGGAAAAAAAGUAAUCAUCCUUUUCAUACAAUAUGCCCGGAUUUAAGUAGCUGUUAUCAUUUCAGGGCAAUUUGUUUAUUUGAAACUAAAUCAAGGGGUCUAAAUUUAAUCGGUACCCAUAAAUUGGCAUUGUUGUUGCGAAACGGAUGGUGCUGAAUAUGGACGCGGUGGCUCAGUUUAGUGCAAGGUUAGUUGGCGGUGGGUGAAGAAGCGGGAUUCCCGGUUGGAUCGUAUCGAUUUGUUGGUGUCAAUUAUGUCAAGAGCCACUUAAAUAUUAUUGAUUUCAAGAGCAAGAUACUAGAGAGCAACCUUUGGUUGCAUCAACGCUUGAAGUCAGUCGCAGGUUAACGAAGUGCAUAAAAAUGACGGUUGCUGUUGAGCCCUCAAAGGUAGAAGAUGGAAAACGGUCGAAAAUCGAAAAUUUCGACGACAUCUUGCCUUACAUCGGAGAAGCCGGCCGAUAUCAAUGGCUACUCUUUAUUCUGUUAUUGCCUUUCACCGUCGUUUACGCUUUCCUCUACUUUACUCAAUUCUUCCUCACCCUUACACCGGAACAAUAUUGGUGUAAAGUGCCCGAACUUGAUGGCUGGAAUCUCACCGACCACGAGAAGAUCGCCCUCUCUAUUCCCGCAGCGAAUGCUGAUGAAUUGAAAUUAGAAGGCGCUACGGCUGUUUCUCGGUGUCAAAUGUAUGCCGUCAACUACACUGAACUUCUCAUGACAGGUGUGAGAGUAGCUGACCCAUCGUGGGCGACUACAAAGUGUGAACACGGCUGGUCAUUCAACUAUACGAAUAUUCCGUAUGCCUCAAUCGCUGCUGAGUUGGAAUGGGUUUGCGAUAAGACUUACCUAUCUUCUGCAGCUCAGUCCGCAUUUUUUGCUGGUAGUAUGAUAGGGGGCCUUGUGUUUGGAUACGUUGCUGAUCAUUACGGACGGAUCCCCGCCUUAGUAGCGUGCAACGCAGUGGGCUUCUUUGCAUCAAUUGCAACAGUUUUCGCAAAUAGUUUUUGGUCCUUUUGCUUGUGUAGAUUGGUUGUUGGAACGGCCUUCGAUAACUGCUUCAACAUCCUCUUCAUAAUCGUCAUAGAAUACGUGGGCCCAAAAUACCGGACCUUAAUAGCCAAUCUGUCCUUUGGAAUAUACUUCGCGGUUGCAUCUAGUAUUCUGCCAUGGAUAGCAUACUGGAUUGCUGACUGGAGGAUUCUUAGUGUUGUAACCGCGGCUCCAUUAGCCAUUGCUUUCGUGGGGCCAUGGAUCGUUCCAGAGAGUGCGAGAUGGUACAUCUCAAGUGGUAAGGUAGACAAAGCUAUUGAUAUGCUCAAGAGGUUUGAGCGUGUGAACGGCAAAACUGUACAGCCAGAAAUUUAUGAAGAGUUUCGGGAGAGCUGCAACAACAUCAUCAAAAAUGACAAGUCACACAACAAUUACACAGUGCUGGAUCUCUUCAAAAAACCACGACUUGCACGGAUAACAGUGAUGCUGAUUAUCUGGUGGCUUGCAAUGAUCAUUGUCUUCGACGGUCACGUUUGGAACAUGAAACUUCUGGACCCCAAUGUGUUCAUGUCGUUUUCACUUGCUGCUCUCACCGAACUUCCGGCUGCUAUAAUUCUUGCAAUUCUCUUGGAUCGUUGGGGUCGAAGAUGGAUGAGUUUCUUGUCUUUGGCAAUGUGUGGUAUAUUCUCCUUCAUAGCCGUCGCUACUCCUGCCGGAGGGCCAACCGUAAUUAUGGCUAUUUUCGCCCGUUUGGGUGUAAAUAUUGCCGCAAAUAUUGGCUUCCAGUAUGCCGCUGAAAUGUUACCUACAGUUGUGCGAGCUCAGGGUGUCUCACUUAUCCACAUCAUCGGUUACUUCGCACAUAUAAUCGGGCCCUACAUUGUAUACCUGGCUGAUGUCGCUCCGCAGCUGCCGCUUGUGGUGCUGGGUCUUUUGUCAAUGUCCACAGCGUUUCUGACUCUAUUUUUACCAGAAACUUUGGAUCAAGAUUUGCCAGAAAGUCUUCAAGAGGGUAAUGAUUUUGGCAAAGAGCAAAGCUUCUGGUGGAUUCCGUGCAUUAGCAGGACUCCGGAAAAGAAGAAGGCCUACAGAAAGAAAUUAGGUGUGACAAACGCAGGUUUUAAUCCAGGAAGUCUGAGCAGAAUCGAUUCUACAAAGUUAUAACGAAGCUUUUAGCCCUUGUCAUGUAAGCUAAACGGAUUAAUCAAAUUGUUGUGAAUAUCAACAUAUCGGUGAAUUGAAGCUAGGCUUCAAGAGACGAAUGUGUGUAUUACUUUUUCUGGUCGUUUCGUUUUUAUUUUUAUUUUUCGUAGCAUGUAUAGAUGCAAACUUAACAACGUGUGUGAAAGUAAUGACCGUUGAAUUGCUCAAUUAAUUUUUACACUUGCUUAAGUAUUACGAAUGCAUUCGUGUCACAUGUUUCGAGUGCUCGUUGCCAACCGAGAACUUGCACAUAAAGCAAUAAGAUCGACUGGGUUGAAUAAUCUUUAUUCGAGUAAGCUGAGUACGAAAAUGCGAUAGACCACAACGAGUAUUUUAUACCUUCAAAAAAAAUUUCAAUUAUCCGGAAAAAAUUAUUCCGCGGGAGGAUAAUGUAAUGCAUCAAAAAAUUACUCUACGAAAAGGAUUUCUGUAACUAGAUCUGUAUGGGAACUUUCAAGAAUGUUGCCGAUACGUAUAAUGUAUGCAUGUACGUAGAACUAAAAAUAUGCGUGAAUGGAUAUGAGUCUACUCACCGAUUGCUUGUACAAGACAGAGUUCUUACAUUAACGAACAAAGUUGUACAAUAUCUAACCUGGAAGAUGAUUAGAUUCUAACAUCAAAUUCUGAAUAAUUUAAUUUGAGUGAUGAUUGUGAUGAGUCACAAUCAAAUUAUUGUGAUUUUUGUGUUCUGAGAGUGUUAAUAAGUCAUAAGGACAUGGUUAUAUUAUUUCUCAUAUGGCGUUGAUUUGUCGUUCGCAGUACAGAAAUGUUGCAUUUAUUGCAAGUAGAGGGUGCUUAUUCCACUGGCAAUUAAAAUGCGUCAUAGGAAUAUUUAUUUACAAAACAAAUGCAUACUGUUCUCGUUUACGGAACGUAGGAGAUACUGGACACGUGUUCGUUUGGAAAGUCUAUUCUAAAUGUUAGGGUAGAUUUGUGCGGAGCGGAACGAGUGUGGCACGGAACGAGUGAUUGCAUAACUUAUCGCAUAUGACGUUUUAUUCUACCUACGAAAAUAGCGAACGGAAAAGAACGAAUAUGCUGGAUAUCGCUUGUUCAGCGCGACGCUUAUUCUGCUUAAUUAAAACUCGAGUUCAAUUUUGAAGGACUUUUUGUGGAAAUUGUGCAUAAGUCUUCGUAGACUAGGAUGCAUGAAAACAAAAACCUGUUUUUUGUGGUUAUAUUAGUUAUUACAAAUGCUGAUUAGAUGUUAGCUGUAUGUUUAUUAUCUCUAUUGUUAUAGCUUUUGUUGUUAUUCUCAAUUCGUAAUUUAAUGUAUAAUACGAUGAAGUUUUAACUAUUUUUUACAAUAGUGAAAUGAUAAAUUUUUAGAUAAAUGCAAUAAAUUUUUGUCAAAUAUCGCAAAUCGAA